CCUCACACACGCAUACCUUUCUCACCUGAUCCCUCCUGGAUUCAGACACUGUCUGCCUUUUCCUUAACUUCUACUUUACACUAUCUAUGCUUUUCUUCUAAUAUUCUACCCUCUCUUCUUCUUCCCCUUUCUGUCUGUCUCCUCUCUUGCAGUGGUUACAGUUGCCUUUUUUGUUCCAUUGUUUUUACCUGUCUCUUCCUUAUCAGCUGUCUCCUGGCAGCCUCCACUCACUCUGUCUCUUUCCCUAUGUUUAGUGGAAUGGUUGCCUGCGACCCCCACCCUCCUCGGCUGAGAUUUCAGGGGGAUCUAUCCCCCCUCUCCUAAACUAGACCUCAGUGGCCGUAUCAGUGUCUGAAAUUAACCAUAAUAUAACGAGCAAUCCGGUGACGUUACAUUACCCAUCAUCAGACAUGGUACAGAAAGAAGUGGGAAAAGGCUGCCACUGGACCCCGCUGAGGAUUAUGGGAGUGAUUCUGUUUGCUUUUAUCUCAUUGGCUGGAUUGGGGGUCACAGCUUGGGUAUUAGUCACAUAUGUUCUGAAGAAUGAAAACCCGAAUCUAUACACAGUCCAGGUGAAUUCUCCAGACAAUCGUAUCACUGUGUAUGACGAGGGGGCGAAGACAUGGCGACUUAUCUGCUCCUCCUCAUCCAACUCUCUUGUGGCCACCCUAAGCUGCGAGGAAAUGGGCUUCAUCAGGUCCAUGUCUCACAAUGAACUCCAUGUGGAAACAGCUGGAGCUAAUGGAACCUCCGGCUAUUUCUGUGGGGAAGACUCCAAGAUAAGCAUUGCUAAGAGAUUGCAGGAUGUACUAACAGUGUGUGAGUGUCCGAGUGGCCGAUUUCUCUCUGCCCAGUGUCAAGAAUGUGGACGCAGGAAGUUGGCUGUGGACAGGAUUGUUGGAGGACAAGAUGCAGCACUAGGUCGGUGGCCUUGGCAGGUCAGUCUACAAUACGAAGGGACCCAUCUUUGUGGAGGCUCUUUGAUCUCCAGUGAAUGGGUGGUGACCGCAGCACAUUGCUUUCCAGAGAGGAAUCGUGUGGUUGGCCAGUGGAGAGUGUUUGCAGGUGAUGUCUCCCGGCUCUCAUCCAGAAGAUCUCUCCAGGGGGUCAGAGGGAUUAUUUACCAUUCAGGCUACCUACCUUUCCUGCACCCAGAUAGUGAUUUGAAUAGUAAUGAUAUCGCUCUGGUACAUCUACAGGCUCCAUUCACACUCACAGAAUAUAUACAGCCCGUGUGCCUGCCUGCUCUGGGUCAGCAGAUCGUGGAUGGGAAGGUUUGCACAGUGACAGGAUGGGGUAAUACAGAAUAUUACGGACAUCAGUCUGACAUCCUCCAGGAAGCCUCCGUACCAAUAAUCAGCAGUUCCGUGUGUAACCAGCAGGAGUACUACAUAAACCAGAUCACAGAGCAGAUGUUUUGCGCGGGAUACGCUGAGGGUGGGAUCGACGCCUGCCAGGGGGACAGUGGCGGACCUUUCGUGUGUGAGGAUACCAUUUCCCGCUCGUCCAGAUGGCGUUUGUGUGGCAUCGUGAGCUGGGGUAUUGGGUGCGCAUUGCCCAACAAACCUGGUGUGUAUGCUAAAGUGGAUCAAUACCAGCGCUGGAUCUACAGAGCCAUGAAGACAAAAUCAGACUUUGUUGGAAUCACCGACAUGCUGUAAAAAGAUGGUGCUUUCUGUAAACAGAGGAAGCUUUUGAGACUGUGUCCCACAGGAAAUCUCCUAACAUAACAUGAUCCUCAUUUAUGGACAUCUGGGAAAACACUCGGGCUGAGACUCCCGUGUAAGGCUUGCCAAGCUUGUGUUAAAUAUUAUACGUACUAUACAAUGUUACCGCCAUACGCUGACCAUGUUACCGCCAGGACAGGAUGGGAUCCCAUCUUUACCAGUUUGUAGGAACAGAAAGAAAAAUAGAUUGUAACAGCAGAUAGGACACUGGUGGACAAAGGAUCUGGCCAUUAUGCAAUCACAAACUGACCUAACGGAUUUAGUAUUCACAAUAGCACAAACAUUAUUCAAUUAUUUUAUUGUGUUAGCCUUUACGGCUCCCAAUGAAAGGCUAAUCUAUGUUUCUACUACCCUUUCUAUAUCACUGUUACUGCACUCACUGGAAGGCUAUUCCAUGUAUCUACUACCCUUUCUAUAUCACUGUUACUGCUCCCACUGGAAGGCUAUUCCAGGUAUCUACUACCCUUUCUAUAUCACUGUUACUGCUCCCACUGGAAGGCUAUUCCAGGUAUCUACUGCCCUUUCUAUAUCACUGUUACUGCUCCCACUGGAAGGCUAU